ACCACAUGGAUUGUCUUUGCCAUGCUUUACGGAAACAGGCAUGCAACAAGAAACCUAAACAAGAAGAUGGUGAAACAACGAUGGAUAAAGAAAUACGUGAGUUGUUCCGAUUGUUUGACACAAACAACGAUCGGUCCAUAUCACUGCAGGAGCUGGGCAAGGCGAUGAGGUUUCUUGGGAUGUCACCUUCAGAACAAGAGAUAACUGACGCCAUGAGUGCCUUGGACACAAACGAAAAUGGCAGGAUCGAGUUUCAAGAAUUUUUCAAAUUUAUGCAAGCAGAGAUGACUAAACUGAAUGAAGCAGAUUUCACCAACAAUCAAGACACAGUACGCUCAGCAUUCCGGACGUUUGAUAAGGAUGGAAAUGGAUACAUUGACGAGAAGGAAUUAAGAAUUGCAAUGAAGAAGUUAGGUGAAGCAUUGACUGACAAGGAGCUGGACGAUAUGAUGAAACAAGCUGAUGUCGAUGAGGAUGGCAAAAUCAAUUAUGAAGAGUUCGUCAAGAUAUGGUGUGAAACAACUUGAGGAACUCCUAUCCUUCUACAUAUUUAUCAUUUACAUUAAAUGGAC